AACACCACCUCCUCCAUCCCCACGAUCAACGCCGACAUGCAUCUUUCCUCACUCAUAACCUGCAUUUAAUUCGCUAAUUUCCUCGAAUCCUCUCACCACUCGUCUUCUAUAUCCCUCAGAAGCUCCUCAAGACCCCACGACAGCCGCACCUCUCGGAUAUCUGACAGCCCUCUGCCCAGCAUUCCAAUGACGCAGGCGACCCGACGAGACAAGGCCGCAGUCACCUCCGUAACGGCAGAAUUCCAGUCACCUACCCGCCGUCUCUAGCAGCAACAGACAGAUGGCUGCGGGGAAUUUCUAACCCUAGAAGAAAAAUAGAGAGAGUCCAUCGAGAUGGUGCCGGUGAAAGUCGACCAAAACCUGUUGAAACAGCACAACCGACCAUCACAGCAUGUCUUUACAUCCAGCCAUCUAUCCUAGGCAAGCCAAAACAAAUGUACGCAUCACAUGUACUCACCAAAUACACCAUCUUCUACCAAAACCCCUCUCAAACGAAGAGCUUCCAACGACUCAGACAGACCCUCGAGACCACAUCGACACCUUAAUUUCCUAACCGACGACCCGCACCAGCAACCACACUCUGUCAGGAACGCAGCAUACCUCCCUCUUCCUCAUACAGUUUUCAUGAUGGCCAUGAUACUCUAGCCGUUGUAUUUCCCUUUUCUGUCCGUAUGCAUAAAUAUCUCCGAAUCCCUCGCCUCUCUCCCCUCCACUCUUUCGCUCUGUAUCCCAAACCCUCCUCCUCCUAUCUCACAAGAAACCACAUAUUCUUCCAUCUUCUAUCUAAGAUGCUUGCCUUUAAGACCCUCCUCGCCAUCCUCCCCUUUGCCCUUGCGGCCCCUUCUCCUGACGCCGACAACCGCCAGGUCUUUGACACCACCCAGGCGCCCAACCCCAACGCCUGCCUGGCUGGUCACUGCUGCGGCCCUCACAAGAAGGUUGAGAAGCGCCAGACUGUCAACGGCCCCGGUCAGGGCGACGGCUGGGACUACGGAUACCCUCUCUACGGCCCUCCGUACUACGACUUUGACCACGGCUACGCUGGAUACCCUUACUGCUCUACCUGCUGGCACGAGGGUCACUGCGACAACCUCAGCUUCACUGUUGACAAGUAAAGUGUUGCUACGGUUGAAAGCUUCUUUUUGUUCUGGUUAUGAACGACGACGACGCGCCACUGGCUGGGCCUGUCAUGUACUUUAAUUGAGAUACCUACCUACCACUUGAAAUAUAAUGAACUUUAAUUACUUCUUCU